AUGAAUCUGUGGAAGAGAUUUGCUAUUGUAGUGGGACAAAGGACAGGUAAGUCUGCAAUACUGCAUCCUUUAAAGCCCUAAUUAUCUAUACUGUUCUUUUGUGUGUGUUUUUUAUGGUCUUAAAAAGAAGAAUGGUGAUUACAAAAUUAAUGUACCCCCUGGUAAAGACCUGUUGCCUUCGGUAAUAAUUUCCUUUCCUUGGCCUUAGGUUUGUAGUAAGCAUAUCGCAAGGAUCAAGAGAUCGAAAUGAGAAAAGAUCUAGUAGCUUCCAUAGGAAAAUCUUAAUAUGUGUUUUAAUACACUUAUAAUACUUUGUUUGUUAUUUACAGUCCUUCUUUUGUCUCCUGUCCACAGCAAUAUGCUGCAGUGUAUUUUAUGCAGACGAUUGUUUCAUGUUGGUAAGUUUCCUCUCUCGUGUUCAGUGAGGCUAACUAAAGGACUUAUAUCUUUUUUGUAGGUGUGUCGAUCUGUCUGUUUUGUGCUUUGUGCUGAUUGUUAGCUAUAGGGAUCAAAAACGUUUCUUUUUGGGCAAAUCCUUGGUGUAAAAGGCUGAGCAUUUACAAUUUUAUACUAUAUAUGUUCAGCCUUAAAAAGAUAGAAAGAAAAGGGAAGGAAUAAAAAGUUUCUUUUUUUUUUUUCAGGAUGUCUUAAGAGUGGCAAACCCAGUGCACUUGUGGGAGAUUUGUUCUUUGAUUUAACAUGUGCAACUUGUUCUGUGGAAGGCUCAGAAUCUUGUACAAGACAAAACUUGAGCUGGUUGGUGUUUUUAAGUAAUCCAUUAUCUGCUACUGUUGUUUUUGAUUUCGAAUAAAAUGAGUGGGAUGAAAGGGGUAAAGGAUGAAUGGAGGGAAAACGGUUAGGAAAUGAGGGAGAGGGAGAGGUGAAGGAAGGGAGGGAGGUAUGAAAAGCAGGAGGGAGGGAAGAAAUGAGAGAGAGAGAGAAUGGAGGAAUACGUGUACCAGUAAAGGAGAAAAUGAAGGAUUGAAGGAGGGAGGGGGUGGUACGUGUAUCAUGGAUGGAGGGAUGGAGAGAGAUAGCAAAUGGUGAAAGGAAGGGAAAAAUGAGGGAAGGAUGGAAAGAAGAAGGGAAGAAAUGAUUGAGGGAUGGAAGGGUCAAGGAUGGGAGAGAUGGAGUGAAUAAGGGUGAGGUGCAAAGGAAGGUGAAAAAAUUUGGGAGGGAUAUGUUAGGAUGAAGGUGUGAAAUAUGGAGAAAGGGAUGGAAAGAGGAUUAAAGAGAUGAAGAGAAUCAAUGAGGGAGGGAAGGAGGAGGAGGGAAUGAGGGAGGGGUGGAAGAGUGAUGGAGGCAUAGACCUGGUCUGAUUGAACUGUCUUUCUCUAGGAUCCAGGCUGUUUACCUGUCAUUGUACAAUCUGUACUCCACCAGCAGGGGACGGAAAGGCUAUUUUAGAUGGAGGGAAGACAUAUGUCAUUUCAUUGACAAGAACUGGAUGGUUUUAUUUCCUAAGAAGUAAGCAUACUCCUGCAGUUAUCUAAAUCUUGCUUAGUCAUCCUUAGCGUUCUAGGAAGGACUCAUAAUUCUUCAAGGUAGUGUAUAAAAUAUUAUUAAUGAGCAAUAUAAGGAUUUUUUUGGUGUAUAUACUUAAAGUCUGGGUAGUGACAAUCAACUCUUUCCUAGUCAGCCCUUCUUCCUCAUAGUAACUUCAUUCUACUUAUCCAAACAGUGUUUGGCUCCAGCUGGGUGUCCUGUGACUCAUGUAUCUCUUAGGAAAUUCCUUUUACAGAAAAUGUAUCAAGCUUAAUGUAUUGGGUAUCCUGUGGCACAUAUUUUCACACCAUACCAGACAGUUUUUUGUGCCCACACAAAAAGCUCUCCAGUUUAGUAUGAACACCUAUUUGAUAUUUGACUCUCCACUUUUAAUAGAGAUCAGUGCUGCACAUGCUUUGCACCAUUACAGAAAUAAUUGUACUUAUGUGUGAACAGAAGCCCUAUACAGUAUGGUUGUUUUGCUAUCCAGUAUAGAGUGAACACAGCCUUUAUCUUUCAGGAAAAAGACAAACAAUUGGGCGAGUACAGUGGCUGGUGUAUUGUCAUCAGGGUGUCCUCAGUUUUUCAAGUCAGGACAAAAGGAAUUUAACAAAGAGACAGGAUGGUGGGCCUUACAGGAAAAUGUUGCACCAGCAGUAAAAUUUAGUGAACAAGGUUUGUUUCUUCUUUACUUAUUUAUUGAAAUUUUUCUUAAUGAAAAUAAUAAAAAAAUAUUGAUUUUAUUUCUUGAAUAGGAGUAGAGCAAAUGGCUCCAGGUACUCCUCAAAAGGUCCUUAAAUACAGCGAGCAAAAAGAGGUUGAAUCCUUUGGACUAUCACCUCUCAUGCACAUUUUGCUUGUCCAUAGCCAUUGCUUGCUUGCCUAAGGUAAUGAUUUUGUUGCCAGGUGACUUAAUUCCCUGGAGCCUUGCCCAUUUGGACAAGUGCGAUUAAAAAGUUACUUACCCCAAAAGAAAAUCAGCCUGUCCUGGAUAACCAGACGAUGUUUUUUGAGCCCUAAAAUACUGGUUGGGCACCUUUUAUGUAACCUCUGAUAAUGGGAAAGUGACCCAUAGUGAGGGAUUGUGUUGCUAGGUCAUGUCAUAGCUAUAUGCAGUCAACAAAAUUACAUGCAGUGCACACACAGCAACAUGAUAUGGGAUGGACAAAAUCACAAAUAUGUCACACGCAAGGAAAUGCUUUUCCUCAGCACUCUUUCACUGACUCAAAGAAUUAACCACUGAUUCUCAAUGGCUGAACUAUUGAUUCAUUUGCAAGGUAAUGUUGCCCAAACAUACACGCUUAUACUCAUUCACCACUUUUUAUCACUGGAGACAUGCCACUCAGCAGCCUGAGAAAACAGCCGACAUUUGGCGAUGCUACCACUGGUUUCCCCACCAAAUGACGUCUGAGAAACGAGCACAGAAAUUCCAUACUGAUGAUGCAUCACUACCCAGAUCUGAGUAGUGAGGCGUCAUCAGUAUGGGAUUUCUGUGCCUGUUUGUCAGACAUCAUUUCACAGGAAAACCAGUGAUGGGGUCGCAAAAUGUUGGCUAUUUUCUCAGGCUAGCCAAUCAGCCACUGGCCAAUUUUUUUCUCUGUCCCUAUAGUCACCCAGCCCAGUUUACUUCUUGUUUCUAAAGUGGCAAAUGGCACCUGCAACAUUUUGCUCUUGUGUGUUCAGUAAACUUCAUGCCACAUGUCAGAGGGCAGGAACAAAUUUAUUACCAAAUGUGUGUCUGCAACAUGAUUUUUGUUUAACCACAGGAAGUAUGGUUAAUAAACGUAAAAGAAAAGGAGGAAACCAGGCCUCAGAAAACAGGUCAAAGAUCUCUCAAAACAUAGACAAAGGACUGCCUUUAAUGGAACUCACACAACCUACACUGGAUGAUGAACACAAAGCACAGGUAUGAGAUCUUUUCCAGUGUCUUGCACCUCAUGUAAUGAUAUCACCCGAUGUAAGGAAAUCCAAGACAGUCUUGGAUUCUGGAUCCCACUCCAUGGAUUCAGGAUUCUUUGUCAGUGGAACUUGGAUCCAGAUUCCAAACAUUAGUGGGAUUCUCGAUUCCUUGAGCUGUAAUCUGGACUCCAGAGCCCAGGAUUCCGCAUGUCAAAACUCACAUUUCCCAGAUUCCGCAAUUCGGAUUCCCUUACAUCAAGGUUAAAAUGAUAGGAAUCUUGCAAUCACCCUGACUAUACGCAGCCAUCUUGCUUUCUUGUUCAAGUCCAUCAAGCAAAUGUGUGACAGCUGAAAUGGCCAUGCUUGCAACUGAAGGCCUGAAAAAAAGCCUGACAUUUCACAUCUCCCGAACUCUCUGCUUUGCCACUAGCCGCUCACAUGUUUCUCAUGCCACUCCUCAAAUUUACAAAUCUUCUAGUGAAAAUGUAACUUGUUAUGGAGUGAAAUCGUGUCCUUUUAAACUCCUUUUCAAUUAUUCCAACUGGUAUAAUUUGACAACUGCACGCGAAUGUAAAUGCAGCAAGGUUAAGUUCUCAGUUAAAAGGCAUCCAAGUUUAAGUGAGAAGGAAACGAUGGCAUGUGCUCACUUCCCCCAUGAAACGUCACCUUAAAACCUUUUUACACAAACAAUUUUAACUUCGAAUUUUGAUUCAGUUUUAGGGGUUAUUUCAAAUCGAAAGGCAGUGUAAACAAACUACUGACACUGACAGAGAAGACAAUUUCCAAAUAAUCUCAGAAAAGAAAUAUGAAAGAGGCCUGUAUUUUUUCCUCUAUACAGUAACCAACUAAUGAUAUUUUCUCGUGAAUUUCUUCUAGUCAUUAGCUGUAACAGACAGUAGUAAAUCUGACGACUUAAUACCACAGUUACUUACCGACGAAGAUAUGCGUGAGCUAGACUCACUGAACUCUGAAUCAGGUAUGUAUUCGCCAUCUGGCGCCCGUUUCUCGAAAGUCCUGAUAGUUUUUCGGGCCCGAAAAGCACUUUUAUGUUUACCGUCAGGCGUCUUUGCAGUCAAGAUCAAAGUUUCAAUAAUUUUGAAAAUGACACGAUGAAAGUAUUAGUUAACGAAGCAUGAUUGACCGGUUUUUGAGCUAGGAACCGCGCUACCAUUCAAGAGGCGUUGAUUUCAAAAUUUGCCUUCGGACCCGAAAAGUUACCGGUCUUUUCGAGAAACAGUUAACUUUCGUAAAGACCUCAGGGACUGUUACUAGGAACUUUGAUACGAUCACCAAUUUUGAAGAUCCCGUUGGUAAGAUCAUGAACUUUCAACACCUUGCCGACAAAAUGUACCUUUUGAUGAAGUGACAAGUAGAGGAAAACCAAACUCAGAGUUUACAGACUUAUAAACCCUUAAACCCACUUUUUCUGUUUGUUUUUAAAAUACAAUCACUCGCUAUAGUUUCUUACUUUUUAUUGCAAUUUCCAGGAUUUGAUUCUUUCUCCAACCUAUUAUCGACGAGUUUUGAGGAUGUAGAAAGCACUUCUUUCUUUUUUGCUGGCGAAGAGGAGCAGGCAGGUUUGUGAGUUUUGUCCUAGAUGUAAACCAGUUUGUUCGGUAUCUAGGGUCAUCUGCUCAGUUUCUGGCAGCGCGUGGUCUUCAAAAGAAGAGUGAAAGCUGAAGUUUAGGCUUCAUAUACAUGUUUGAAGCCGGAGAGUAGAGUAUUUUACAUACCAGUUCCUCGGAGAUUCCCUACCCUAACUUUUGAAAACUAAUCGUGUGUCUGUUUGGUACAUACUUGUGGAAACCGUGUGAACGUAGCAUUAGUUGUUGAAUAUGUUUUUGAAGCAACUUUUUUACCCUUAGAUUUAGAAACCAAACAAGAGGAUACUGAAUCCGUAGCUUCGACUGUUACAUCAGAUAUUUCAAGUAAAAACCAACAGUCUGACUCACUCCAGACCAAGGUCAAGAGUAAGCCCAUUAAAACAACCGCGAGCACCUCGCAAUCAAGGUUAGUAUACAUGCGUCUUCAGACUGAAUGCUACACACUUAGUGUGAGCGUUCAAAUGAAACCUGUCCAGCAAUACUUUCGCAUGGUACUAUUUGUGGUGUGUGCUAUUCUAACAUUGGAGUCUGUGGACGAAAUCCUAUGGUGUUACCAUUCAAAUGUGAUCUCUUAAACAGUAUAUUCACGUGUUACUAUUUGUUUUGUACGUUGUACUAACUUUUGAAGCGGGUGCUUGACAUUCUGUGGUGUGACCAUUCAACUGAAACCUUAGUAGGGUGAAUUUCAGCCGUCCCGUCGAGUCGCAUACUCGAGGGGACGGCUGAAAUUCAUUCUAUUCUUUCACAUGGUAUAAUUUGUUUUCAUUAUUUUUUUAGCAACAACAAAAACAAAAAUAAAUUUCUUAUUUUUCAUGAAUUUUUAUGUUAGACACUCCUUAAAGAGAAAAGGUUAACCGCACCCGAUGUCCGUUAACACUUUCUUGUUGCUUGCAGCUUAUUUUUGGUGUCGGAUGAAAAGGAAAAGGAUCUAUUGCUGAGAUUAAAUUCCUGUCCCAAAGCAGUGCACCAUGACCCAGUGGCGAGGAGAUUUAGAAGGAAGCUUAUGCUACGCCAGGUAUCAUUAGAGACCUUCAGAUUCUACGACGAGUACGACUACGAGUACGAGAUUUAACACAAAGUUUUUUUUUCUCGUAUUCUCAAAUAAUAGACACCUUAGAUAGCUUCACUGUACAUCUUUUUCACCAAAAAAAUAAACACUGUUAUCUUGCUUGAACGGGAGGUUAAGCUAUCUCCCAGCCGCAAAAUGACUUUUGUCCGCUAACACGACAUUCCCGCUAAAACUUGUAGCAGAAUGACGAUGACUAUCACGUUUUCCCGCCAAAAUUACCCUGGUUUACGCGCGCUUACAGUACUAGAGAAAAUCUCGUACUCGUUUUAGAAUCUAAAGCUCUCUAUUACAAGCGGACGACAAUUUGGGUUAUGUUCACACUCUACCAGACAGUUUUUCGUCCCGACCCGAAUAGCUAUCCUGUAUAGCAGCACGCCUAUUCGAUAUGUGACUCUCCACUCUAGAGAUCGGCGCAGCGCAGCUUCGUUAGAGAAAUCACCGUUUUUAUGUCUGAACAGAAACCCUUUCCGGUAUGGUUUACGUGCCCGCGCAAGAAAACACAGCCUUCAUUAGCAAAACAACACAUUUGCACGUGCUACGAGAAGUUCUAGCAAGUGCUAUGAUAAGUUUAAUCACCAAAACAACACACUGCAUGGAGGUUUAAUUAUCAAAUUAAUUAGCAAAACAAAACAUUUGCACGUGCCACGAGAAAUUCCAGCAUGUACCAUGAUACGUUUAAUCACCAAAACAACACACUGCACGUGAGGUUUAAUUAUCAAAACAAUAAAUUUCCAAGAAAGCUUUUGAGGCCCUGUCCACAGCAAUCCGCCGGAUAUUCGUGUCGUCGAGAUAGCUCUGAGAAAGGCUGCAUGUGGCAUUGAUAGUUUGAAUAAUGUAAUUCUCUUUUGUUCUAUUCAGCUAAAAAGGUCUAAAGGAUUGAAAUUAUUUGACCUGGACGAGUCUGUCUCCGAGGCUAUUAGUUCAACUGUGAGAUACAAGCUAACCCCAGUUGGCGCGGUACCUAUUGAGGUAAGCAAACGUGAGGAAUAGUGCUAAACGUUGCCUUUCGUUUCUCGGUAUUUGGGAAGGCGGGGGUGCAUAAGCGUGGUUUUUUGUUCGUCUCGAGUGUUUCCCGAGUGCUCCUGUUUCUUUUUCUCCAGGUUCUCUCUCGUUAUGUGUCGUUAGAAGCCUAGACCGCAGCCAGUUUAGUAGGAGAAAAUAAUUAUUGGAAAGGCCUCGGAAAUCAGGAAGGAACAAAGGAAAAUACUAACAGGAUUUCCCGUCUCGUAUUCUCAUUCACCUCCUUUCUCUCGUUAAUCUUAUUCUGUGUCUUAUGUAGUACGUAUUUCGUUUUGAGGAGGAAACUCGGAGUCCUUCGAAUUUGGAACUUCUUCAGAGCUCUUCAGAGCUUUUUCAGAGCGCGUAACAGCCUUCCCAGCUUUGAAUCCUGGACUGGGCUUCCUGGUUAUAGUAAGUUUGUUCCUCUUUUGAUAGAAUCGCAGCACAUCUUCAGAUGUCGUUGAAGAAACUCGCGUCAAGCCCCUCAAACUUGAGGCUUCCACAGCAUUUACUUCUACAGAGAAUAUCCUGGAUAGAUUUCAGGUGAGACACGAAGAGGACUUCACAAAACCAUAUUUGCUGUUCUAAAAUUAUUACCCGCCUUCUUCCCCCACGGAGGGCUUAUAUAUUUAAAGCCCAUUUGAAUUUCCAGUUGGUAAAUAAACCAUCCCGAAUCAGUCCACACGAAGUUUCACAGUCGUGAUUGAUUAAUACAGUCUAUCAUUUAUUAGUGAAGAAUAAUUAGGGGAGGGGAGGGGAGGGAAGGGGGGACUUAUUAACUUUCUUCCCCUGAAGAGGGUGGGUGCGUAUUAGAGGGAGGGGGCCUACUUGAGAGGGGGGCUUAAUAGAGGAUUUACGGUAUUCAUCUUUAAUUUCCAGGCAUCUCCUCGAAUGCUUCCGAGUUCUCGCCCCAGGACUUGCUCGUUUUUAACAAGGCUCAUUGGUGGCGAUAAUCAGACGUUGUACAGACCUAUUACCAGUCCCUACACGUCCAGGAUACUGAAGCCAUUUAUCCGACGAGAUUAUGAGAGUAGACCAUUGAAGCUGAAGCUGUUGCAAGAUAUUGUCUCUCACUAUCACAGGUAUUCAUUACCGUAAAUCUUCUAUUAACCCUCUUCCCGGGGGGACUUAUUGAUUUCAAGCGCUUUUGAGGGGGAAGGGCUUAUUGAGUGCGGUGACUCCUUGAAUUUACCCAUACGGGGGCUCUACUGUAUCGAUUCACCAUAAAGAACUAGAACGCAAAGUGGAAAAGCUCAAGCAAAAGACGUUGGAGGUCUUGCAGCGGAAGAUGAAAACGAAUAUGACCUUUUAAUAAGCACAUGAAUAAAUCAUACCAGAUCAAUCCAUCUUUUAUUAAUUUGGUUGUGAAAAAUAAAGAGGGAGGAGAGGGCGGCUAAAAGAAAGGUGGGGGCUUUAAUAACUUUCUUCCCCUGAAAAAGAGGCAGAGCGGGGCGGGGGGGGGGGGAGCUCUAUGAAGAUUUGCUGUACUUUCAUAUGCAGUAUAAGUUUUGUAUUCUCUGAGCGAGGUACACAUCCCUCUUGAUGGACGGCGGGGUGUACUUUCACACAUUAGCUAUAUACAGUAUGCAACAGGUAUACGUUAUUGACCAAGAUGGGUGGAUAUUUUCCAAGUUUCUUUUUGUGUUUUGAUGGGACCGAGGCCAAUAUCCAGGCAUCUUGACCAGUUUUUUGUUACGGGACCCACGCGGGAAAUCCCGAGCGGGCAAAAUGGACCCAUACGCCCAUUUAGUCCGAGUAGCCAAUCAGAACACGGCAGGAUUGACUUCAUCUUGGCCGCUCACGGAUUCAGCCAUAUAAUAAAUGUGUGUUUUUCAAGCAGUUAUGUUUAGGUUAUGGUACAGAAAUCAAAGUGUAUUAGUCUAGAGCAAGUGAGUGAAUGCCACUGAAAAUGAGUAUAACAAAUGUUCCUUUUUUAGGAAUGAUCCAGGUUGGAAACCACCACCUGUUGCUCCAAUUGAUUACUGCUACGUGCAACCGCAUCAUAUUCCAUCUGUAAACGCCAUGUGUAGACAGUUCUUCUGGCCAGGAAUCGAUCGUAAGUUUUCUCAGUUUUACUUUUCUUCUCCCCCCUUCCUUCUCCCCUCCUCUUCCUCCUCCUCCUUCUCCUCCUCCUCCUCCUCCUCCUUCUCCUCCCCCUCCUCCUACCCCUGCCCCUCCUCCUCCUCCUCCUCCUCCUCCUCCACCUCCUCAUUCUCCUGCUCCUCCUCCUCCUCCCCUCCUCCCCCUCUACCACCUCCCCCUCCUCCUCCCCCUCCACCUCCCCAUCCUCCUGCCCCUCCUCCUCCUCCUUCUCCUCCCCCCUCCUCCUGCCCCUGCCCCUCCUCCUUCUCCUCCACCUCCCCCUCCUCCUCCUGCUUCUCCUCCUCCUCCUCCUUCUCCUCUUCCUUCUCCUCCUCCUCCUCCCCUUCCUCCUCCUCCCCUCCUUCUCCUCCUGCUUAUCCUGCGCCUCCUUCUCCUCAUUCUCCUCCUGCCCCUCCUCCUCCUCCUCCUCCUCCUCCUCCUCCUCCUGCUCCUUCUCCCCCUCCUCCUCCUCAUCACCCUCUAUCCUCGUUAUCAUCAUCAUCGCCAUUGUCGUCAUCGUCAGCGUCGUCAUGAUCAUCGUUGCCAUCACUCCUCAUCUCCGUUAUCAUCUUCAUCAUUACCAUCAUCACUCCGUUUUUUUUUUUUCGCUGCAUACUAAAUCUUUCUUUUUUUAUUGUUUCUGUUUAUAGUGUCUGAAUGUCUUCAAUAUCCUGACUUCAGCUGUGUUGUACUUUACAAGUAAGCGACAUAGAUUAAAACGCGUUUUUUUUUUGGCGAACUGCGGAGCUACUAGCAGUCUAGAACGCAACUCUCUGCAGUAUCCAUGAUGCUUAUUUAAAAUAUUAUCGCAGGUCGUGUCAAGGAUAACCACAUUUCACUUCUCUGCGAUAUGUUAAGAGCCGUUCGAUCUUUUCUUGCAGAAAAUUUGUCAUCGGUUUUGGCUUUAUGGUCCCGGAUGUGAAAUACAACGAGGCUUACAUCUCAUUCGUUUUAGUCCAUCCCGAGUGGCGCCGAGGGGGGAUUGGAACCUACAUGAUUUAUCACUUAAUUCAAACUUGCUUGGGUAAAGACGUGACACUCCAUGUAUCAGUCACGAAUCCAGCCAUGCUAAUGUAUCAGAAAUUCGGUUUCAAACCCGAGGAGUUCAUACGUGACUUUUAUAACCGAUAUUUACCCAACGAUAGUCCGCAGUGUAGACAUGCGUUUUUUCUUCGACUUAGAAGAUAAGGAAGAAGUUUUAAAAAGCUACAACCAGUAAACAAAGUAACGAAACGAUAUCACCUUUAUAAAAUGAACGACGCGGCGUUAAUUUGGGGCGGAGCUGAGUAAAAGCCGUUCAAACGGCAUGUUUCAGGGGCACCCAACGAGGAUAUAGUUCAAAACCACUUAACAUAGCAUUGUUGAACGUAUUUGAGUAUUCAAACGGUAGAUAUAGGCAUAUUUUUAUCCCCUAAAAACUUUUCAUCUGUUCGGAUUUCCUAGCUGAAAGUCUAGUGAUCCGAAAAUUGUAGGGAUAAAAACUUACCUUCUCGAAAACUUCAGCCAGGAAAAGGCUCCCGAAAAUUCUAGGUGGCCUUUUUUAGGGUCAAAAUCCGUUAAAAAUGGGUAAUUAUACCAUUUUGUAUAUGUUCGAAAAUCCUAGGAGAGGCAGGCAAGCAAGAAAUUUUAUAACAAACGCUCCGAAAAUUCUAGAUCUUAAAUCGUCUUCCGAACAGAUAUUUUCCCGAAAAUUGCCGUUGGGUGCCCCUGAUGUUUCAGCCAAAGGAAACUUGUUUUCAUAGGGAAAGACUAAAAGCACCA